CUCGACAACUUCGGCGACGCUGCCUGCUACAACUCGCAAUCUUCCGCAAGAGCGAACCUGAGAUCCUCAGUAGCCUCUCGGGACCGCAGCUUCAACAUACGAAGAUCUGGCCGUUAACUCAUAGCGACUGACUAACCGGCCGGUCCGCCAAAGUUCACCCGCUCUAUUACGAGCCGACAUCUGCCUACAAAGGUUAGUAUUUUGCAAGACUCUUUCCUCACUUUGACGUCGGUUUCUGCUGUUUGUCGGCUGUUCCUUGUCUACGUCCGCUCCUCCCGAUCUUUUCUCUUCUCCCCGCAAACUAAUUACGAUUCCCCAACCGUGGCGUAUCCGCUGCCGUACUGUCAGUCAUAGAACGCGACCCAUUCGGAAGCAUAUCGGGCGGCUAUCAACACAAUCACCGUUCUCCGACUGCAUCAGCUAUCAUGGAGGGUGGAGGAAGUCUCUUCUCUCGAAUCAGGCCCGCCAAACGCACUCCCAAGAAGAUUCGCGGUUUCCUCUCCCUGCCAGGAGAACUGCGAAAUCUCGUCUACCGAUACUACUUCCUAGAGGAAUUCAGGUGCGAGAUAGCCGCCAAGGGAUGCGAUUUCACCUAUCGUGAGCCGAAGCUGAUGAAGCUCUGCGUGGGAAUCGUCAAUCCGGAUGGUCCAGCCUGGAGAUACAAAGAGAAGGCGAAGCCGGCUUCGCCGACAACACUCCGGAUCUCCAGGCCUCUGGGCAAUUGCAAACACAUCGACGGACUCAAGACCAGCUGGUUUAACUCACUCUGCGCUCUGAUGCUGGUCUGCAAGCAGAUACACCGCGAAGCCAUCGUAUUCCUCUACCAUACCACGACAUUCGUUUUCAACGCCCCGAAUCGGAUCACCAAUUUUCUCGAUGCGGUCCCGACGAAGAAUCUCAGCUACGUUACCAAAUUGCAUCUCCAUUAUGGGACAUAUGGGCAUCCAUCAUUCCUCGCAGAUCAGAUCUGGAAAAAGAAGCACGUCGCCAGUUGGACCCGUGCAUGCAAAGCGGCCGCGAAGAAGCUCAUCAACCUGCAGGAGCUCGAGAUAUGGAUGCGAGUCAACGACAGUACGCUCUACUUCGACCUCCGCCAAGAGUGGGUGCAACCACUUCUGCAGUUUCGUAGGCUGGCGCGGACACGAAAAUCAAUGUCGGUUGCGGACACCACUACUAGUUUCGCUUCGGAAGAUCACAAGGUGCCCAAGUCAUUGAAGGCCGCCAAGAUACACUUUCGAACGUAUUGGUCUGACUGCUGCGGGUUGUGCAACAAUCCCAAUCUCGCCGAUGCGUCUCUCGACCUACAUCACCUUUUCGCUAAAGCGAUCGGCCGAGCUAUUCUAGGGGCGAGCGAGGAGGAGGCCAUGGCUGAGUUCAAGGAGGCAUGGGAGGGCAAGUACGAGCAGUGGAAGCACUACUUGAGGUUCUACAAAACGGGGUGGUGAUCUGGUAGAUGCGGGAGCUUGACAGGACGGCGCGGAAAAGUGAGUAGUGCAUGGGGAAUGGGAGAGCCAGAAGUCACAGAGGCUCCGAGCCUGCAAUGGCAUCGCGUAGGUUGCUUCAUGCGACGUCAAUCUUUCCUUCUGAGGGCCGAUGACCGCUUUCGUUUCAGAAAAAUGUUGACCUUCUAUUCAUCCGAUUUCUUUACAGGUGGGCCGAUGGGUACAGGGGGUCGUAGGUUCAGUAGACAAAACUGCAAAUAUGGCAUCA